UCAGUUUGUUUACAUCGCAGGACGAAAGCUUGGCUUCUUGUCUGAAGACAAAACGUUAUAUAAUGAAUGGACACAGCUGACUUCUGCUCCGUGAAGAUUUCAGUUUGAUGGUUGCACGUCUUGUUUACAUGCUCUUGCUUCGGUCCAAAGUACCUUCACCGGGACAAGUAGGACAAUGUCUCAGCUGCAGCCACUGAUCCAGCUCCAACAAACGGCAGAGCCCCCGCUGAACGUCCAGGAGAUGCGCUUCUGGCUGGACAAAGCAGUGGCGUGGGGCCAGGCUGACACUCAGAAAGACACCUCCCUGCAUUUGAGCAGACUGAGGGAUUUCCUCCAGCAACUCCUCACACACAUCAACAACAUGAGCUCCACAGCAGAGACCAUGAAGAUGCUGCCCCUCCUCGGACAGUUUCUUGGCCGACUCUGCUGGAACCCUUAUGUCACUGCUGAUGCUACAGGCAGACGGCUGCUGUUCCAGUGUUUGUGGGGACUGUACUCGGAGCAUCCGGGCAAUGCUGUGGAAAGGAAAGCCAACCAGUGGAUACGGAAGGUUCUCUGUCAGCUUGCUACAGAGGAAGACGAUGAUCCAACGCAGGCAUUGAUGAAGCAAAUGGGUGUCCCGCCUAAAGAGUACCAUCUCAAAGUUCUGAGAAAGACGGUGGCACUGCUGCAGGAGAACAUUGGGAAGAGCUGCAGCUCUUUGGGCAACAUCAAUCAGAGGUGUUCAUGUGACAACAUUCUGGCCACAUCAGAGGCUUGCGUCCCCCUGGUCACAUGUCCUGAGGCGGCUCCUCUCAUUGGUGCACUUCUGCAGCAGCCAGUGACUUGUGUCAGGGCAGCACUUAGUGAAGACUUCCUGGAUGCUCUGAGCUCCGCCCAUGCCAGCCAAUGCUUGUCAUUGGAGGAGCAGGCUGUAGUUUCUCUGUGGUAUCACAACCUGCCCAGCCUGGAGGAAGCAGUGCUCCGCCUGCUGGAGUGUGCUCUCACCAACUCGAGGUCAAUUCCACAGAAGCAACUGGAACAGUCAUUGCUGCCUAAAGCCUGUGCUCAGCACUGCUCUAUAUUCCUGGUUGUAAACGACAUCUUCAGGUCCAUCCUUAAGCAAGCCGAAGGGAAAGAGUCUGUUAAGUAUUUCAUCCGAACCUUUACCAGCUGUUUCCUCAGGGAACUGGCACUGCAGCAGCAUCAGACGCGCGUAUCCCUGAAGGCCAUGUUUCCACAGUCACCUCAGAGUCUGCUGCUUCCUCUCUUGACCCGGCCGUCAGAGAUGCCUCAAGAGGCUCUCAGACGUCACCUGCACUGGCUCAGCGGCUCAUUACAGAGACUGACAGAGGAGGAAGAGGAGGGAGACGGAGACAACAGCAGUAGCACCAGAUUAGAGAGGUACCACAAAGUGUUCGAGGCCUGGUUCCUGCUGGUUCAGUGUGCCCACUGGGUGCAAGUGGCUGUCCAGCUGCUGGUGACAUCGGAGCCUGAGGACUGUGGCCCCCUUCUGUGGCUGCUGAUCUUCUACCACCACCCCACUAACAGGGGCCACCACAGAGCACUGCAGCUGGUACAUGGCAAAGAAGCGUGGGACCACCUACACUCCCUGUUCCUACUCUCAGCUCGUCCUCUUCCUGUUGACCGCCUGCAGUCAUUGGUCACUCUGCUGUCACCACAGUCUCAGCAACCAUCGCUCUCCCCAUUAUUGACCCUCAACCUGUUAGUCCACUUUGCUGUGUUUCUCCAACAAUCCCUGAGUGCAGCAACAGAAAUCUUACAGACGGUGGUGGAUCGUUCUGGUCUGGUUGAUGAAGCAGAGUGUGUUCUCAGCUCGCUGGAGCUCCGACUAAACGAAGAGAACUGCUUAUCAAGCGACACUAAAAGAGUUCAUCUCAGGAUCCAGGCACUUCAAAACACAGUAACACGUAUGCAUGCAGCAUCCAACUGUGCUGAUAACUAAGCACUCACACUCUGAAAUAGGUGAGAGUGUAUACACUCACACACACGCACACACUAAUGCAUAGAACCACACCAGCUCAGGGUUGAUUUUUUCAAGACACCUUUGCAGAAUGUCAAAUAGCCACGCUCUUGUGGAGACAUGCUGUGGUGCAAUGACAGGAGUGUGUCAAAACAGCACAGCGAGGACAGAUUAUGUGGAGAGGCUACAAUUAUACGCAAACACACACACAUGACACAUCUACAAGGCCCACAAGGACACUUGAACAGUGACAGAUCACACUGCAAAGAAGCAGCGGCUCGUACAAUGUGUCAGAGUCCUCCCACUCUCAUAAUUGUCUCACAAUAUACAUCCUUCACGUUACAGAUGCUGACUAAAAGACAUUUGUGUUUGGAGGACACAAGUUAUCUUUGUGUAAAUACUAUUUGUUAGAUUGUGUAAUGUUUAUAAGAAAAAACAUUCUGUCAGUACUGAGUAUAUGAUACAAUGUAACUACGUAAUAAUAUGUCUUUGUACAUUUUCUAUUGCUUCAUUAUUUAUACAGAUGGAGAAUGACUCCUUUUUUGUUUUAUCCAUAAUUUUAAGUGCAGACAUUUAAAAUGACCACUGGACCCAGACAUUUGGGAUUACCUGGCUUAUGUCUCUACAGAACAUACUUCAUGACUACUGCAUGAGCUGUACAGAAAUAUAAACAAACACAUACUUUAUGUUUACUUUUCUUGUGCUGUCGAAUGAAAAUGUUUACAUUUUUGGCAUCAUGCAGGAUGAUUGAUAUCGUGUUUUCAAUGUGGUCCAUGAUGUACUUGUAAUGUGUGAGCAGAUUUGAUUUCCACCUUUAAAAGUAAAAAGUGGGCUAAAUGUUGGAGUCAUUUUUUCUCACACACAAACACAGCCAUCCUUCUUCACAACAUGUAAAGUCAUAUUUAGCGUUUACACAAUCUGGCUGUAUCAUUUUAUUUAAUUUCCUGUAUUAUGACACCUCUCUAAUAAGUGACAAUUUCAAAGGCAAAAUUCCAAAAAUGAUCUCCCUUUAUUUGACUAGAUUUCAUAAAAAUCACAGUAUAGUAUAUUGCCUAAAGUAAAACUAAAAAUCCAUAAAAAUGUUAGUCAUAAAAGGUCAUUAAAAGGAAUGAAAAUUAUAGCAGUAUAUAUCGUAAACGGUCAUAGAAUAAUAUGGCAAAGAAAUAUCAAAGAAGUAAUAAUAUAGUAUGUAGUAAAAAGUAAUGUAGUAUGUCACAAAAAAGUAAUUUGUAGUAUAUAGUAUUACCGUGUUGUUAAAAAAAAAUUUGGCCAAAAAGGUCAAACAAUUUCCAAAAUGAAUCACAAGGUAGACAUGCUCUAAAGCAUAGCCUGCUUUAUUGUCUAUUUUACUCUAAAUGGAACAUAAUUUACUAAAUGAACAUUAUAAAGUAUCGAAGAA